AUGACUGUGAUGAUCUUUAAACACGAAAAGGCUAUCAAUAUAUUAGAAAAUCUCAGAAACGUGCCGACCUACACAUGCAACAUUGUUAAUCAAGUUGUUCAAGGUCGUGCAGGUGAGAGCGUUGUUGGUUUUGAAAUUCUUCUCAUUCAUAUUGCUCUACAUGUUCUCCUAGUACGAAAAGAACCGUCUGGCAAAACGCAAACCGCUACCGCCCAGAAUCUUAUUCAGCUUUGGAUAUCAAAUCGUUUUAAACUCAUUAUUGUUGCCAGUUAUCGAUUGCUUUCACCAUCCCCCAGCACCCAACGUAACUUCAGAAUAUACACAAGCCUUCUAAAGGCUAAACUUGUUAACCUGUCACCUUUAAAGUUCAAAUCUUAUUUGAUUUGGCAAGAUAUUAAUUUAAUCAUCUACAAACAAACUUGUUCUGCACAUUUAGCAGCACAGUUUCGUUGUUCUACGAUACCUGUUAUAAAAGAUUAUUGUAGAUUACAUCUCAAUCGUAAAUUUAGCGUGGAAACUGUUGAGGAAUCAACACCGAAGGAAAAUAAUAAAGAAAUAGAAUGCUUAAAGAUUGAAAUGCAGAAACUAUCUGAAAGAUAUAAUGAUCUAGAUGAUAAAUAUAAAAGGACUCUUGCUGAAUCAGAAAACAUGCGGAAACGUUUAAUGAAACAAAUAGACGAAGCCAAAUUAUUCGGUAUCCAAAGUUUCUGCAAAGAUUUAUUGGAAGUAGCUGAUAUCUUAAUGUCUGCUACUCAGUCAGCUCCUCAAGAUCAAUUAAAAGAUGGAGUUAAUCCUCCAUUUUCUGAUUUAUACCAUGGAUUAGUAUUGACAGAAAACCAAUUGUUCAAGGUUUUCUCCCGCUAUAACUUAGUCCAGAUUUCCCCAGAAGUUGGCGAACAUUUCGAUCCAAAUAUUCAUGAAGCUGUCUUCCAAACUCCUUUGGAAGCUGGGAAAGAAAAGAAUACAAUUGCUGUGGUCACAAAAGUAGGCUAUCAAUUACAUGGACGACCUCUAAGACCGGCAUUUGUUGGUGUAUUUGGACCUUAG